AUGUCCACCAAUACCUCCCAGCUCCUGGAUUCUCACGAAUCAAGCCCAAUAUCCUACACCCCAGAAGAUAGCGGCAGCGAUACGAGUAAUACCGGCACGCAGAGUCCUGUAGUCCUCGAUACAGUUUCGAAGCUUCGUGUUCGGAAUGCUGAGCUCCGGGAUAAAAAUACUGAGCUUCGUGCUCAAAACAUCCAGCUCCAAGAAAAGAACACACAACUCCAGAACAAAAAUACCCAACUGGAGGAUAAAAAUACCCAGCUCCAAAACAAAAAUAUAGACCUCCGCAUUCAAAAUGCUCAGCUACAAGCUGAAGUUGAAAAGCAUAUUGCUAUUUCGAAAAUGCGAGAGAGACUAUUGCUGCCGGUGAAAGAGGUUCAACAGGAUAAACAGGGGUGCAAAUGGCAUUUUUGGAUUAUUUGCGCUUUGAUUAUUUUUGUGCGUUGA